ACUCCCAUAACUCUGUCUUGGCGAUAUCAAUUCGGUGCAUUUCUUUUCUACAGAGUUUCGAAGACAACAGUGCACACUGCAAACGGUAAAGCUCGCCCAUUUAAGUUUCAGGUGGCACUUCAGUUGGCUUAUUGAGUUGGGUUUGCAGCAGUGGAUCAUCAAUUUCUUGUGGAAUAUUAUAGCAAUCAAAAUGGAGCCUGACAGGUUAAACUCCCCCUCUACAUUUACCAUGAACUUAGAAGUUUUGGGCCAUGACUUACAGUUCGCUCAGGAUCCAAAUUCAAAGCAUUUAGGAACUACGGUUUGGGAUGCAUCACUGGUGUUUGUGAAGUUUCUGGAAAAGAAUUGCAGAAAGGGAAGGUUCUCCCCAGCUAAACUUAAAGGAAAACGUGUCAUUGAACUUGGAGCAGGUUGCGGAGUAGCUGGGUUUGGCAUGGCAUUACUGGGUUGUGAUGUGGUUACGACAGAUCAAGUGGAGGUUUUGCCAUUACUAAUGAGAAAUGUUGAACGGAAUACUUCAAGGAUCACACAAAUGAAUUCUGACACAUUUGGUUCGAUCGAGGCAGCGGAGUUGAGCUGGGGAGAUAAGGAUCAUAUAAGAGCUGUUGGUCCACCAUUUGACUACAUUAUUGGCACUGAUGUUGUGUAUAAAGAAAAUCUCUUGGAACCACUGCUGCAGACAAUGUUUGCAUUAUCAGGGCCUAAAACUACAAUUUUGAUUGGGUAUGAGAUUCGGUCUACAAGUGUCCAUGAGCAAAUGCUUCAAAUGUGGAGAAGAAACUUCGAUGUGAAAACUGUUCCAAAUUCUAAGAUGGACAGUACCUACCAGCAUCCGGAUAUUCAACUUUACAUUAUGACAUUAAAGCCUCCAGAGGGGUAUGCAGACAACGCAGUUGAGGUGAUUGAUGAGAAAGACGAUGAACUGGAGACUGGAGAGGAAGAAGCGGCUAAGGUGAUUGAUCAGAAAGUUGAUGAAGUUGAGACAAGUGCAGAAAACACAGUUAAGGUGAUCGGUGAGAAAGAUGAUGAAGUCGAAAGCAGCAAGGAAAAAGGUGAAAACAGUUAUCUUGAUGAAGAGGUUGAGGAAGAUUGUGAGCCAGUGACAAGACCUCAGAAUGGUAAACUUACUGAUUGGGAAGCUAGAAGAUAUGGCUCAAUGGCUGCAAGGCUUCUGCACGAUAUCAAAAUUACUUAGGUUAUAGGUUUAUAUUUGAUGUAUCUUGUGCUGUCAUGUUGCUUGCGUUGUUGGGUUUCAAAUA